AUGGAUUGCGAAAUGCACGAGAUAGAGCCACGAGUGCUGACAGAAUAUGGGCUCAAUACGUUUUCGCGGAAAGAAAUGGCGCCAGUUCUCAGAAGUCCCGGUAUACAUGGGGAAAAUAUCUUGCGGAAUAUCUACUACUAUCACAUUCGUGUACGCGAGAACGCACACCUUAUCAACUGGAGGUUCGUCCGAGGAAACCCCGAGAGAAAUCACUUCGGCUCAACGCGCUUUGCCACGAAGGAAGACGCAAAAGAGUUCCUGGUCGAAACACUCGCGUGGCCUAUUGAUGAUGACAACGAGGAUGGUCCUAAGUGCCCAGUCAUAUUUCUCGGCCACUCAGUCAAGAACGACCUGCAGAUGCUGCAACAAGACCUUGGUAUCGACCCCAAAUUCGACAGCAACGUCGUCGCUAUCAUCGAUACCCAGAAGAUCGCGAAUGAGCAGGGUAUUCGUGGAAAGGGCCAGCAAAUCGGACUUCCAAUUUUGAUCCAACACUUCGGCGUGGAGUUUCGCGAUGGUCACACAGCUAGUAACGAUGCGGCGUACACCAUCAUCAGUGCCGUACAGAUGGUCUUGAAGAAUUCGCUGCCGACCGACCCAACCCGCUCGCUGCAGGACGUUGUGAACGGUGUCGCUGAGGAUAGUAAGGGGACUGUUGUGACAUUUGGGCCAGCAGCACGCCAUGCAGACGAGGAUGAAGAAGAGAAGCGCAACUGUGGCUGCGAGGCCGAUCAUGAUGGCUUUGCCGUGAACGCCGAAGUAGACAUACUCGUUGGGGUUGGUGGAAGUGGCGCUUUCUGCUGGUGCAGUGGAGGUUGCGAUAACAGAGGUAGCGAACGUUGUAGUUGCCAUGGUGGCUUUUGCUUGGGAUAG